UUAAAGCUACUCCCGAAUGACAGAAUGAAAAAGAAGAAGAAGAGGUAGAAGUUACGCACACUCUCGGAGAUGAAGAUGACAAAAAAGAAUAUCGAGACGAGGCAUUGUAGAGCGGGAAUAUUGCUUCAUAUUAGCUGGAAAAGUUGUAUAAAAUGGAAUGCAAUGUCGGUUGCAAUAAACAGUCAAGCGAUUACAAUGAAGACAAGAACGACAACAACCAGUUUAUGGCUAGUAUGUGGAUUGAUGCUGGUGUUGGGUCUAUUGGCCCAAGAUAUCCAGGGAGCAGCUGUAAAGUCCCAGCAAGCAAAACCCAAAAAUUCCACCACAUCACAUAAAGAUGGCCAUUCAUCCACCUCGAAGACAAAACACUCUAGUGGAUCUAAGACAAAAGCCGCUUCCACUACCACUACAACCACAAGCACCACCACCACUACGACCACCGUAAAACCCCAACAGCAGGAUCCGACAACAAACAAACCUGCCACGACCAUGGAUAUCGAUGGACGUCAUUCCUAUAUUAACAAUGAAUUCGUUGCAGAUCCUGAGCCCAUACAAGAUGUCAGUCAGCCGCUGUAUGAAAUUUUACAAAAACAAAUGGAAAAAGUCCUCUCGAAUAAUGGCUUUACCAAUGGCCUGUACUCCGAUAGUCCUCAAAGCAAGGAAAUCCAAGACGAUAAUCAAAAUAUGCCAGGCAAGCCCAUGUUUUCCUAUAACGUAAGUCAUUUCAAUGACUACGAAGAGGAUGUGGAAAAUGAAAAUGAAGAAGAUAUAGUGGAUCCGGAAGAGCAACAACCUGAGAAUUGUGAAGACACGGAUGAAAGUCUUAAUGAUAGAGAUGAUACAGUGGUACAAUAUCCAAACACACAGAAUUCCUAUAAACCUUCAUCAUCUAGCAAUAAGCCUCAUAAACCAUCAUAUGAUCCAUCAAAUUAUCCCUCCACAUCAUCGUUGCCAUCAUCAUCCUCUGGAUAUCCACAAACCAACAAACCAUCAUCUUCAAGUAAUUAUCCAAGGCCACCACAGCCGUCAUAUGGCCAAAAUUCCAAUCAACAGCAACAAAUACACAAGCCAGAAAAACCUUUGAAACCAUCCCAGCACAAACCGAAACCUCCAAAGGCGCCAAGUUCAUCGUCUAAGCCCAAACCUACUCCGCUUGCCGAAGAAUCUCCCACACCAUUUUCCACUUCAUCCAGUCAUACCAAGCCCAAACGUCAUCUAAGCUUCCGCACCGUAUCAUCAUCGACGCAAUAUGUUUCCACACCAUUGGCUGAUCUAAUGUUGAAAUUUUCCAUUGGCAUGGCCAAACCAGCUAAGAGCCUCGGAGACUCAAAUCAGGAUAAUCAGAUUUAUGAUAAAAAUGAUAUUGAUAUGAGAGGUUAUUAAGGAAAAAAGGACGAGAAGGGAAAAUUGAAAAGUAAAAUAAAUGUGACUUACUAUUGUGAA